GGCACAUUUAUGACUGGGUAUAUAUUGCAGUGGCACUCCUGAGGAUUCAAACAGUCCUUUCUCCAGGAAGAAGAGGGAAAGAACAGUUCAGCUGCCUGCUCUGAGACUCUGCUUCAAGGGGAGCAAGAGCCCUUCACUUGAAAUCCUCCCACGAUGCUGCGCCUGCUGCUGCUGCUGCAGGUGUUGGCCAGCUGCCUCUGGCUGGGACACAGCGAGGUGGUGAACUCCUUUGCAAGUUGUCCUACGUUUUUCUAUGAAGGGUUCACCCCAAAUAAUGCCCUGGAGCCAGCAAACCCAGCCUGGAUCUGCCAGCGCUACAAAAACCAGUAUCGUUUUGCCACCCUGUACGACAAAACACGGCGCAUUCCCGUGUACUCUGCUUAUAUCUACCAGCCUGGAUCUUCCCCAAGACCUCAAUUAUGGUUUGUUGAGCCCCAGCUGAUAGGGAAUAAUAAUCUCAAGGAGAUGGAAACAGAGCAAACCCUCCUUCAAAACGGGUUCACCAUGGAGGAUAUCGAACAGAACCAGGCUGUCCUCGAAGACUACGACAACCUGAUUGGUUUGGACCAUGGCCAUUUGAACCCCAGUGGCCAUCAAAAGAGUUAUAUCAACAAGGCGGCUACUUUCACCCUCACCAACAUCGUGCCUCAGGAUACCAGUCUCAACAAGGGUGCCUGGAACAUCUACGAGUUUAGAACAAUGGCCACAGAGAGCCAGGGCUGUACAACCACCUACGUCAUCACGGGUGCUGUGCCUGGGAACACCAUGGCCAAAAACAGGGUUAAUGUACCCAGCCACAUCUGGUCAGCUGCCUGCUGCCUGGUGGACACAACGCCAGUGAAGGCGUGGGGGGUCAUUGCUGAAAACAACAGGAACCACAAGUUCCCGCUCCUCACGCUGGGGCAGCUGGAGUCUGAUUUGACCAAGCUCUAUGGAGGGAAUCAGGUUACUCUGUUCCACAGUGCCUGUCCCCGCUAACAAACCUCACAUCCUUGAUGGAAAAGGCUCAGUGUCUUUUUCCACAUGUCAUAGAAUCACAGAAUCACAGAAUGGGUUGGGUUUGAUGGGACCUUAAAGAUCAUCUUGUUCUGACCUGCC